GGCUUGGGCGGGCCGAGGCCGUGGCUCUGGGUCCCCAGGGCCUUGAGGAGCCGAUGCUGGCGGUGUCGCUCAAGUGGCGGCUGGGCGUGGUGAGGCGGCGUCCCAAAGACGAUGGACCUUACUCCAAAGGAGGCAAGGAUGCAGGAGGGACCGACGUGGCCCUGGCAUGCCGCAGACAGAGCAUUCCGGAGGAGUUCCGAGGGGUCACCGUGGUGGAGUUGACCAAGAAGGAAGGCAGCACGCUGGGCCUGACCAUCUCCGGCGGCACCGACAAGGACGGGAAGCCCAGGGUCUCCAACCUGAGACCAGGGGGGCUCGCGGCCAGGAGUGAUCUGUUGAACGUGGGCGACUACAUUCGGUCAGUGAAUGGCAUCCACCUGACCAGGCUCCGCCACGAUGAGAUCAUCACCCUGCUCAAGAACGUGGGCGAGCGCGUGGUGCUGGAGGUGGAGUAUGAGCUGCCCCCGCCCGCCCCUGAGAACAACACAGGGAUCAUCACAAAGACAGUGGACGUCUCCCUGUACAAGGAGGGCAAUAGCUUUGGCUUUGUCCUCAGAGGGGGUGCCCAUGAAGACAUACAUAAGACCCGCCCACUCGUCCUGACCUAUGUCCGGCCUGGCGGCCCUGCAGACAGGGAAGGCUCCUUGAAGGUGGGUGACAGGCUGCUCAGCAUUGAUGGGAUCCCGCUGCAUGGGGCCAGCCACGCCACUGCCGUGGCCACGCUGCGGCAGUGCAGCCACGAGGCGCUCUUCCGGGUGGAGUACGACGUGGCCAUCCCAGAUACAGUGGCCAAUGCUUCGGGGCCCCUGAUAGUGGAAAUAACCAAGACACCUGGGUCCGCCCUGGGGAUCUCGCUCACCACUGGAUCCCACCGGAACAAGCCAGUCAUCACUAUUGACCGCAUCAAGCCGGCCAGCGUGGUGGACAGGAGUGGGGCCCUGCAUGCCGGAGACCACAUCCUGUCCAUCGACGGCAGCAGCACGGAACACUGCUCACUGCUGGAGGCCACCAAGCUCCUGGCCAAUGUGUCAGAGAAAGUGCGGCUAGAGAUCUUGCCUGCUCCCCAAAGUCGUCGGCCCCUGAAACCGUCAGAGGCAGUGAAGGUGCAGAGGAGCGAGCAGCUGCAUCGCUGGGACCCCUGCGUGCUCUCCUGUCACAGCCCGCGGCCCGGCCACUGCCGGACGCCCACCUGGGCCUCACCUGCUGGCCAGGACCAGAGCCGAUCCUUGUCCUCGACUCCCUUUUCUUCACCGACCAUGAAUCAUGCCUUUCCCUGCACCAACCCCAGCACCCUUCCCCGUGGAUCCCACCCCAUGAGCCCCCGGACCACAAUGGGGCGGAGGAGGCAGCGAAGAAGGGAACACAGGAGCUCACUGUCACUGGCCUCCAGCACGGUGGGGCCAGGGGGACAGAUCGUGCACACGGAGACCACGGAGGUCGUGCUCUGUGGAGACCCCCUCAGCGGCUUUGGCCUCCAGCUUCAGGGCGGCAUCUUUGCCACUGAGACCCUGUCCUCCCCUCCCCUGGUGCGCUUCAUCGAGCCCGACAGCCCGGCAGAGAGGUGUGGGCUGCUGCAAGUGGGGGACCGCGUCCUGUCCAUCAACGGCAUCCCCACCGAGGACGGGACAAUGGAGGAAGCCACCCAGCUGCUGCGGGACGCGGCGCUGGCCCACAAGGUCGUGUUGGAGGUCGAGUUUGAUGUGGCAGAGUCCGUCAUCCCGAGCAGUGGCACCUUCCACGUGAAGCUGCCCAAGAGGCGUGGAGUGGAGUUGGGCAUCACCAUUGGCUCGACCAGCAGGAAGCGAGGAGAGCCCUUGAUCAUCUCCGACAUCAAGAAGGGCAGUGUGGCACACAGGACCGGCACCCUCGAGCCUGGCGACAAGCUUCUGGCCAUCGACAACAUCCGCUUGGACAACUGCCCCAUGGAGGACGCCGUGCAGAUCCUGCGGCAGUGCGAGGACCUGGUGAAGCUGAAGAUCCGGAAGGACGAGGACAAUUCGGAUGAGCAGGAGACCACGGGUGCCAUCAGCUACACGGUGGAACUGAAACGUUACGGGGGCCCCCUGGGUAUCACCAUCUCGGGCACAGAGGAGCCUUUUGACCCCAUUGUCAUCUCAGGCCUCACCAAGCGUGGUCUGGCUGAGAGGACUGGCGCUAUCCACGUUGGGGAUCGGAUCCUGGCUAUCAACAGCGUUAGCCUCAAGGGCCGGCCUCUGAGUGAGGCCAUCCACCUUCUACAGGUGGCUGGAGAGACAGUCACACUGAAGAUCAAGAAGCAGCUAGACCGCCCCCUCCCACACCGCAAGUCAGGCAGCCUCAGCGAGGCCAGCGAUGCAGAUGAGGACCCACCAGAGGCGCUCAAAGGGGGCUUGCUGGCCACCCGGUUCUCCCCUGCCGUGCCCAGUGUGGACAGCGCUGUGGAGUCCUGGGACAGCUCAGCCACAGAGGGGGGCCUUGGGGGCCCAGGCUCCUACGCUCCACAGCCGGCUGCUCGGAGUGUGACCCCCCAGGAGUGGCGGCCCCACCGGCUGAGAAGCAGCCCUCCCCUCGCCGAGCCCCGGAGGACGAGCUACACCCCGGCCCCCACGGACGAGAGCUUCCCUGAGGAGGAGGAGGAGGAGGAUUGGGAGCCACCAACUAGCCCAGCCCCCGGCCCUGCCCGUGAAGAGGGCUUCUGGCGCGUGUUCGGGGAAGCCCUCGAAGACCUGGAGUCAUGUGGUCAGUCAGAGCUGCUGAGGGAACUGGAGGCAUCCAUCAUGACGGGCACAGUGCCGAGCGUGCCCCUUGAGGGCAGGCCUGGGCCCCAGCCCUGGCGGAGGAGCCAGGAGGGACGAGCGUCCCCUGAAGAGAUGCAGGAGCUGCUGCUGCCGACACCCUUAGAGAUGCACAAGGUGACACUGCACAAGGACCCUUUGCGGAAUGACUUUGGUUUUAGCGUCUCAGACGGCCUCCUGGAGAAGGGUGUCUAUGUCCACACCGUGCGCCCUGAUGGGCCAGCCCAGCGUGGGGGCCUCCGGCCCUUCGACAGGGUCCUUCAGGUCAACCACGUCCGCACACGGGACUUCGACUGCUGCCUGGUGGUGCCCCUCCUGGCCGAGGCAGGCGACGUGCUGGCGCUGGUAAUCAGCCGCAACCCGCUGGCGCAGAGCAGCCGAGCCCCACGAGUGCCAGGCCCCAGCAGCCCCCGGAUGCUCUGAAGUCAGCGCGUGGUCUGGAUACCCAGGGGGCCGCCCAAGGAGACCCUGACCCCCAGCCCUGUUGCUGGGCUGGAGAAGUGGCCGCCCACUCAUCCAUCUGUCCGUCUGGCAGGCUGUGAGCCACGGAUCGGACUCUGUCUCUGUUCUCUGGUUCCAUGGUGCCUGGAGUCCCAGGCAGUGAUGUCCCUGCCCCAGCUGGAGGGACAUCUAGGUCUUUCUCCAUGUUGGAUCUCCAAGAUGCCCAGAGGAGCCCCACUCAGGAGGGGCUGAGACUGGUUGCUCAGCUGGGAGGGGAGGGGCCUGAGGGCCGGGGAGCCACGCCCUGUGCAGGGAGUGCUUUCUCCUAGCAGGGCUGUGGAGCUGCUAGGGAGGAGUGAGCUCUGCAUCACAAGAGGUGAGCAAGUGGGAGCUGGAUACUCCCAGUGCAGUCAUGGACUGCAUGAAGCAUCUGGGCAGUGGGUUCACAUAGGCUCAGGUAGUUAGUUUCCCAACAGGGGGAGAGCAUUUAGGGUGUGGCUUGGGAACCACUUUAUCUGGUCAGCCUCCCACCAAGGAAGAUGCCACUCAUGGUGGGAGCCUCCUCCCUCUCUUCCUCCAGCAUUCUGGUGUUUGGGGCACGCUGGCAGUCCCCACAUGAGAGACUGUGAGCUGGGACGGCUGAAUCCCAGGAAACAUCAGCCGUUGACUCUGAAAGUGAGUGAUUCUUUUAUUUCGGCAUCUCUGGUCUGAAGCCCCUGUGACUUGAGACCACGGUGCUGGGCCCCUUGGGUAGAAGCUCAGGGUGGCGUUGGGCUCUCAGCCCCUCCGGAUGUUUCUGCAGGGUCCACAGGAGGCACAGAUUCGUGUGAGCCCACCCCUCUCAGGCCAGGCCCCUCACUGUGGGAGGGAGUCAUUUGGGACGGAAGACCCAGGAGUUCCCAUUCAUCUGUCAUUUCAGGGGACAUGGGAAAACCAUAGAAAUACGAUAUGUAUAUCUUCAGUCUGACCAAAUUAGUGAAGGAGAGACAGAGGCAGGCAGGAGAGAGACGGGCUGACCUCUCUCACGCCCAAAGGUGAGAGUGUCCAAGGUGGUCAUCAAGGAUGUUUAUUCCCACUAGACAUCAGGAAGCACCAGCAUCCCUUAAAAUCAUCACCUCGCUUUUCACGGACCGGAAACCGUUUUGAUUUCGUGAAGGGCAGGAGCCUUCACCUGGUGGUCUGGGCCGGGGCCCCAGGGAUGAAGGUGGGCGGGCAGGAUUCAGUCAGGUGUGGGGAUUUGCUUUGCUCUUAAUGGGGUCUCAGGAAAACGGGGUGCGCACUGCCGUCUGCAUCCUCCAUCUCCCCUCUGGUGGAGGGCCCCCCAAGCAUGUGCUUCCACUCAAGGGACAAGAUGGGAAGUCAAGAGGCUUGUGCUUUUCACCCUGGGCUGCUGCUUGGUUGCCCUGUGGCCCCCUCCGGGUCUGACCCUUUGUGGACAAUCAAGAGGUGGACAGUCUCUGAGCAGGUAUGGGCCUCCCUGUCACGGCCAGAAUCAGGCCUCCUGGGCACCCUGCCCACACUCCUUGGGGGCCUGCUUUCCUCUCCUCCUCCCCCUACUUCCCUAACCCUGCCCCUUCUUGCCUUCCCUGGAGACCCUCUGUGCCAUGGCUGGACUGUCCAAUGGCUCUGCUAUCUUGAAUUCCUGUGUAGACAUCUGCCCCAGGGUGAAAGGGCACUACCCACCCUUCACGGGGGCACCGAGCAAAAGCCAAGAGCCCACAGCCUGGGGGUGUAGGGGGUGACACAGCAGAGACAUGGCCACUAGCAGCCAUAGCUGUGGGAACUUAGGCAAGUUGUCCAGCCUCUCUGGGCCUCUCUCAAGUGACAGGGCUGGACAGGACACACCCCAGGGCCUCUCAGCUUGGGAAAGCUGCGUUUGGCUGCAGGUGAAGGCAGAUGCAUUCUGACGUGUCCAGUGCUCCCAUCUCCUCGGGCCGAGGCCUCUGCCAUUUCCCCCAGACGUAUGCAACCAGGCCCGGCAGGUGGACCCUGGCCGCGGCCGGCCUUCUCAUAUGCAAUAUUUCUUCCGGCUUCUCAUAGGGACCCCAGACUUGACAUUCCCUGGCCCCCGUCCCCGGUGAGCAUCCUGCCUGCCUAUGCAUUUUGGGUACAGCUCCUGUGACGUGCCCCUCUCCCCCCCCAAAAGCUGUAUUUUUCUUUGGCUGAGAUUAGAGCAUAUUCCUUGUAAAGUAUUUUUCUACAUGGGGUUUUCUUAGGGCUCUCGGGAAGCACAUGCCAGGGGGCUGUGUUGCAAAGGCCAUUGGAGUCUCUCAGGGGCCCGUGUAUAAAUCUGUUCCUCCAGGGGUUGCAGGGACGUGGGGGCCAGGGGUGGGGGUGCUGU